GCAGGCGUUGCUUCCACCUCGGUCACGGCCUCGACAGUCAUCUCGACCACUUCAGUUGUGUGGACACUCAUUGGCAGUGUCAUUUUCCUCAAGGAAAAACUGACAGGGAUGAAAGUUUUCGGCAUCCUGUGCUGCAUGGCUGGAAAUGCGGCUACUUUGCUGGGCAGCAGUUCUGGAACAGAUCACAAAGGAGCAUUCUCCGGUGAUCUCUUGUGCGUUCUUGCAGCGAUGCUCUACGCCACCUACACAACUGUGUUAAGCCGCCUGGUGGGUGAGGACUUCUCCGUGGCACUCUUGUUCGGAGUUAUAGGCGUCGCCAUUCUUGUCUUUGGCGCACCCUUGCUAUUCUUUGUACAAGAUGAUUUAGGCAGAAUGACGCCAGAGUCGGAGUUUGGAAGAAGCAUGCCGUGGCAACGCAGCAAGCGGUUGGAGCAGAGCGAGAAUGGAAAGGAAGCAGAUCAGCAGCCCAUCGCGAAACAGGAGACGCAAGUGAGUCUCCUUCAGCGUUUGCUUCCCGAACAGCAUGGGCCGGAAGCCGAUGAACUGCAGGCUGGAGCUGCGGAUGAGACGACAGAGCUUGCACGCCCCCUCGUCAACAUUCAAGGAGUUCCUAUUGCAGAGCAUCUGAAUUCGGUCUUGCCUCCAUCGCCUUCAGAUGUGGUGCAAGAGACUGCAGAGCCUGCGGGAAUCUCAGCCGUGAGCGCGCUGCAAUCGCAAAUAGAACGGGACACUUCCGGUGCUGAAAUAGCGAGCUUGCUUAUCCACUAUGCGAACCGCUAUGCCAGGAGCCAGACUCGUCCAGUUCGUGAUCCAGUGUUGAGAAAGAAUCCUUCUCCGCAUGAUGUGGAGCGCUUGACCGACGCCUUUUCCAAGGAUGUGCGGGACUUGGGCUUUCUGACAGCCGAUUGUAUUCUGCGAGAGAUAGACAAUGCCUGCCGCUUGAGAAGGUGCGCUCAGGGCAAGCUGUUGAAUGAUCCAAGCUCACCUGAAGUGGGCAACUUGUUGAAAGGCGUGCUGAAGAUGUUGUACACCGUCGAAACGGUGUUACACACUGCCUUUGCCACGCAGCCAGUAGUGACGAUUGCAGAUCUGGAAGCAGCAAUUUUGCAGAUGCCAGCCUUUAAACAGGUGUCAAAGUUCAAAGAAGCAGAGCUGGGCGAGCUACAGAAGCACCCUGAAGUACUGCGAAGACUGAGACUCAACGAGCCCAGCCUUCCAUGUUUACCCAUGCCGAAAAGCUUUCCCAGCUUCUCGCAUGAGGAGAUCAUCAAGUGUCUAGUGGCGAGCUUACCACACAGAUGGCAACACUGGAAAAAUGAGGAUAGCUGGACGUUGGAGAAAGGCUUGAACAUUGUAGCCCAGCAAAAGGGCUUCUCCGACAGCCGAUUGCUGGGUGUUUUCAUUCAACAGGAGCAUGUUUUCCGAAUCAUCAUUAGCAUUUACAAGAGGCGCCAGCUCAAUCACAGUCAAGCCUUGGGCAAAGCCGUUCAAACGGCACUUCAGCAGGUGGAACGCGCAAGCAAAAGCAACGGUGCAACUCAUCAUUUUGACUGGAACUUGUGGCAGCAAAUGCUGGUGGCCUUCAGCAACCUGCAGCAGCCGGAGGAGCGCUUUGAAUUCUGCCAAGAGUGGACUUGGAAAGCUGCUGGAUCCAAAGCGGACACACAGUUGGAAAAAGAAAGGAGAGAGUUUUGGCGCCUUCACUGUGCGCCGUUGCUGUUGGCGACCUUCACGCUUGCCACAAGCAAGCGCUUGCCAGCCAUCUCCGCGCCGCAGAAGUUGAACUACUCGCGUGCAGAUGUGCAAAGUCUUCCUGACCUCAAGUGGCUUGGAAUGGAAAGUGCAAAGUGGCAACAGACUUGCAGCACUGGA